GUCUUCAGCUUCAACUUUAAUCUCUGUUCCAUAUAACUUUUCCCUGUAAAUGAUCCACAUUAUGUUCUUCUUCCUCAUCCCCUUCAUAGGGAUAAACUACUGCGUCGAUGCCCUCAAGGCAAGUAAUGCCCGUUUCACGGCUACCACCACCAAGUACUGUAACAAGGAUCUCCUUGACGCGGACGGUAACCCCGCACCUUGCGGCAAGUCCAUGGCUAGAGAGACUUAUGGCCUCACGCUUCCCGGCAUGGAAGAUGGUAGCCUAACUACGAGGCAAGAUGUUAUCGUCACUGAGGAGGGUCAGGUUAGAGUCGAGGCCUCCCCCAACCACCCCUAUCAGUAUAUGAUGUAUGUUGAAACCCCUGAGAUGCACAAGGUCGAUCAAAUAUUCAUGAAUACAGCCCGUACUGUCCUCGAGGAGACUCGUCCUUCUCAUCGCAUGCUCACUGCGGCGACACAGAACACCCAGAGCCUUGAGGAGAAUGGGUGGAUCAAGGAGGGCAUGGAAUCACUCGACGGUGGCUCGUAUACCAAGUGGUCUCAUCAUGGCCCUGAAGGAGUGGACCCAAAGGAUGGCACCAACUACACUGCCAUUUAUCAGACUGGUCUCCAGCCCAACGUCUGGGUCCUCUAUACUGACGAGUCUGCUAACAAGCCCUAUAAACUAUUAGCCAUCAACACAUAUAAGAACGGCAAAGUCUUCCAAGAGACUACCAUUCAUCAAUGGAAAGAUCUCGGUGGGAAGGCUGGUGUUCAUGAGGCCACCAACGAGAUGUUAUCGACUUACAAUGUCGACUCCUCACGUGUGCUCUCGACUGGUGAUGUGCAUGCGCCAUUCGUUGAUGCCGGUUACCUCAACGUCGACUAUAUCCCUGAGAAAGCUCGUGCUUUCUUUGAGGAUGGUAACGACUACGACUGGAUGCCGAAGCAUAGCAGUCUUAGAGUGGGUACCACCGGUUUCAAGGAGAUCCAAUACUUCACUAUUGAGAAGGGCUCUGCUGCUGAUUCUUUUUUCCGGGUCAAUACCAAGAGGAAUCUCGUUCAGCUCCAUAAGUUCGAAUUCCCCAGCAGCUGCAAGGGCAAGGAAGGCAAACAGAUUCCUGGCAAGUACUGCCUCUUCGUCGAAAUCGAUGCCACCACAGACCCUUCAAUUACGAUCGCAGCUGGUAUGACUUUCGUUGAUGUUAGCAAUCCGGAUAUAACUGCUCAUUUGAAGUUGGGUGUAAGCCUCAAGGACACCCAUGGUUCUGCAGUUCUCGACCUCUCCUUCGAGGCUGGUGGCUGUGCCGUCGUCUUCCAACUCGGCGAUGGCUUCAGUCUCUCUAUAAACGUGUGCAUCACUGGUAAGGCAUCAGGCGAAAACCUGUUGCAGCCCGACAAGCGCACGUUCUCUGGCUCGAUCGAGCUGAAGGUUAGUUUCAACGUUAAUGUGCCAGUCGUUGGUAGCAUUAUCAAUUGGGCUAUCACAGCUAAAUUAGGCGUUACUGCUAAACCCAAGAACGAGAUUACUGCUUAUGGCAGCAUCGGAACCAGCGUCUCUUUGUACUUUGCUGGUGCUGGUGUGUCCAUUGAUAUCAAGGGCCACUCCGUGGAUCACUUGGCUAAUAAAUGGGAGUUUGUCUCUGGUGUCAACUUCAACGCCUGGGUGAAGGUCUUAUUCUGGGGUAAAUCUUGGAACCAUCGUUGGGAGAUCUGGCACGCCGGUCCCGUAACCUUUUAAGUACAUUCUGAUACUGUAUAUUGUCCAACCUUACCGGGAUCAAACCCAAGGUUGAUAUCGGGCCGUGCAGUCCCUCCCUAUCACAGUGUAAAUAUUCAUAUUUCAUUCUCUUCUACUUUCCUUUGCCUCAGUGAAGGCGUAUCGCUUAAUAUUUAGUCACUAAAUCGCUACUAAAUUUCAGUAGCGAUUUUGGUGACCAUAAUAUGGUUCGGCAUAAUCUCUAUGUCAUGGAAUGUCGUACCGGUGUGAUGGUGGUUUUCAGUGGUCUGUGUAAUGGUUAUGUUUUAUUGUUGGUGGUUCUCAGUGGUCUGUGUAAUGGUUAUGUUUUAUUGAUGGUGGUUUUCAGUGGUCUGUGUAAUGGUUAUGUUUUAUUGAUGGUGGUUUUCAGUGGUCUGUGUAAUGGUUAUGUUUCAUUGAUGGUGGUUUUCAGUGGUCUGUGUAAUGGUUAUGUUUCAUUGGUGGUGGUUUUCAGUGGUCUGUGUAAUGGUUAUGUUUCAUUCGGCGUGAUACAAUCCGGCAAUCGCUUCUCCGGUAUUGUUUUUGGCAAUUUCUGGUAUAGGUGUUGGCAACCAAAUGUUGAAAGUAGCAAAUUUAAAAGUAUUUUUCUAGCAAGCCGCUCUGCUUUGAUCCUUUUUUUGCUGAAUUGUAUAUUCCCCCGGAGUGUUGUACACGCUGGCACUUUUGCCCAAGUGUGCUUCGCCCGCACGUUUUCGUUAUUCUGGCAAGUUGUGCCCAUUUGCUG